AUGUAUGGCCGUCUGCUGUCCAUCUUCCUGGCGGCUGCACUAGUUCCUGCAUCGCGGGGUGAUUUUGGCCCCUAUUUUCAGUCGGAGCUAUAUGAGACCGGAGCCUUCGGUUCCUGGCCGCAUGAGACAUUUCGCUCCACGCCUGUUCUGGGCCUAUCGGUGAAUUAUUUCGAGCACCACCCUUUUUGUGAUGAUGGGCAGUACACCUUCCUCACGCCUCGCCAGGGUGGCACGUGGAAUCCUGGCCCGGUGAUUCUCGACCAGAAUGGCCAUUUAGUCUGGACGGCGUAUCCUUAUUUUGGUCCUACGUAUAAUUUGAAUGUCUAUCAAUUCAAAGGAAAGGAUUAUUUGACUUUGUGGACUGGCAAGGAUGAUGUUGCCGGCCAUGGAGAAGGUCUUUAUUACAUGUUAGAUUCAUCUUAUGAAAAAGCCUACACCAUCAGUGCUGCCAAUGGUCAUGUCGCGGAUCUGAAUGAUUUUCUAAUCACCCUAGAGGGAACGGCAUUAUUCACCGUUUAUGACUCCAAGCCCAUCGAUUUACGGGCUGUCGAUGGGGUUGAAAACGGCUGGAUCUGGGAUAGUUUGAUCCAAGAAGUCGACAUCGAGACUGGAGCUCUCCUGUUUGAAUGGCGAGCUUCGGACCAUCUCAGUCUGAAUGAAGUAGUCCGGCCCCGUGAAGACACGGGCGAUGAGCCAGCCCGUCCAUGGGAUGCUUUCCACAUCAGCAGCGUCGACAAAGACUUGAGAGGAAACUAUCUCGUCUCGCUCCGCUACACCAACUCACUCGUCUACAUUGACUGGCGUACUGGCAACGUCAUCUGGAAACUAGGCGGCAAAGAAAACAUGUUCACAGAUCUCUCGGGCGGUACUGCUACGAAUAUCAACUGGCAAAACCAUGCCCGCUUCGCCGAUGGCGGCAAUGCCAUCACCCUCUUCGACAACGCAUCUCGCGGCCCAGGAGAUGCUCAAAACCCAAGCCGCGGUCUCUACCUCGGCAUCGACGAGGGACAGAUGACCGUUUGGGUCCGAAAUACGUACUGGAGUCCCCGAGGCAUCAGCAGCCAGGAGCACGGGUCCAUGCAAGUUCUUGACAGCGGCAACGUCCUCAUCGGCUAUGGCUCGGCAGCUGCCUGGACAGAGUUUAACGGCGAAGGCAGUGUACUCUGCGACGUCCAUUUUGGCCCAGAAUUGAACUUCAACACUGGCAAUCUCCUCUCCUCGCGUGUCUUCAAACAACACUGGGUUGGAUUACCCAAGACUCGUCCCAACAUCGGCCUAUCCGGCUAUGAAGCCGCCGUCAGCUGGAACGGAGCCACCGAAAUCGCCACUUGGGUCCUCCAAGGUUCUGACCAAGAAUAUGUCAACAUUGACGGCGACGAUGCCAGCACCAAGAAUAACAAAAAGUACGUCUUUCUUGCCUCUGUCCCUAAAAGCGGAUUCGAAACUAUCAUCUCCAUCCCGACGGACGCCAUGAGUAGAUAUAUCCGUGCCCUCGCCCUCGACUCCGAAGGCCACGUCUUGGGUUCGUCACGAUUGCUCGAGUGGAAUGCCGCCGAGGAAAUUGCCGUCACGAAACCCGUGGAGGUCCCGUCGCAGUAUGAUUUCCGCCCAUUGAUCUUCUUCAUCGUAGGUUUCGCUACUGCUACCGCGUUGGGUAUUGCCAUUUGGGCAGCAAGGUGUUGCAUUGCAGCUCGCACUAAGCGAAGAGGAGUUGACCGAGACCGCGGCCGUUGGGGUCUUGUCGACUUCAACGGUGACGAGGAGGGCCUGAGUGAUGAUGAAUUGGGACAUGGAGGGGAAUUUUCUCUCUUGAACAAACCCCCUGGUGGUGCGUCUGCGUCCAAUUCACACGACCAGGAUGGCUAUUAUAGCCAGGAUGAGCGAUGA